CUACAGCAGGAGGCAUUGUAGUGAGUUCCUGAGCCUCAGAGCAGAAGCAUCGUUUGUGAGGAUGCGGGGACAGCUGCUGUAGAAUUGACCUAAUAUCAUAAAGACCGAACUCUGCUUUCUAAAAGCGCUGCUUGGAGUACAAAGGGCACGUCUGAGCGCCUCACGUCUCAUUCAGUUGGAUGAACGCAUCGCCACAUUAUUCUAGAUCUGCUGGGGGCCUAGGAGCGGAGCACCAGCUGUUUUAUGAAUGGGAUGCUCGGUUUCCCAGCUGACUGGAGUUAAGAAGCACCAUUACUCCUUCCCAGGCUAAUAAAGAUUGAAAUCUUGACUACCUCUCACUACACACCACCAUGCCGAUCUUAAAGCAGCUAGUCGCCACGUCUUCCCAGACAAAGCGUCGCUCACGUAUGGACUUGACCAGGGAGAUGAUAAGUGCUCCCCUUGGUGAUUUCCGUCACACUAUGCACGUAGGUCGCAGUGGUGAUGCCUUUGGAGACACGUCCUUCCUAAGCUCACACUCCGGGGAACCCUCCCCAGAGACGGCAUCCUUUCCCCGCUCUCCUAGACCCGGCCUUUUGGCACGCACCUUUAGGAGCAGCAAGCGCUCGCAGUCGGUGACGCGAGUGGACCAGAGGAACGAUCACACCCUGAUGGUUCCUGGAGGCUCACCAACCUUUGUUAAAAACGCCAUGUCGCUGCCUUUUCUCAACGAUGAGAACAGAGGGGACAACCUUGUAUCUAAGAGCUUGUCUUCGAGUCCAUUUAAGCAGCAUGGGGAGCCCGACGGUGGAGUUGCAGCUGCAGCGGCGAACUUGCUCGAGCUGCAAGAAAGAAGCUUCGGUGAACUGACGGAGCUGCCAGAGAGUAUCGUUCAUUACGGCGGAGGUGGAAUGAAGCACGCAGAGUCGGUCAUGUCCUUCCAUGUCGACUUGGGACCCUCCAUGCUGAACGACAUCUUGGAUGUGAUGCAAAAGGAGGAAGAUGAUCUUGGCUACGAGGAAGGCAAAAGCAGCGAGGGCCGUGCCUCGCCGGCACUGAGCAACCACUGUGAGGAAGAGGAUGAUGAGAAGAAGGAUGUGGAGGAUCAAGGCAGAGUCCAGCAGGUGGAGACAGAAAGAGAUGCAGCAGAGCAUCCAGCCCACUCUAAUGAUCUGAGGCAGGAAGACGAAGGUCCCUACACUCCGGAGUACACUCCUGAGAUACGUCCCAAACACCUGCUGCACCUGGACAGCUGCUCCAUGUCGAGCUCUGGCUCCGCUGCCUUGUAUGAAAAGCCAAACUACCAGAAUUACACAGGAGACACAGACAGCGCCACAUUCAGUGCACCACCUGAGGAGGAGAGCAACUUCUCCUCUUUCUUGGAGGAUGAAGAUGAUGAGAUCCACGUAUAAGAGUUCAGACUCAAAAUGACCAAGCUCCGGAAGACCUUUGGCAGUGUGGGUUUUCACUCUGAGCAGCAAGACGACACUGUAGUCGGCUCCUGUGGGACCAGGAACUUUCAGCUUUUUAUGGCUAUAAAGAAAGUUUGAUUACUCCUUUUGGAUGUGUCCAACUCUACUCACCAGAGCGCCUUACCCUUUUGAACACUGACAUGGAUUGGGGAGUUCACUGUCCGAAUACCAUUCCAGAAAUAAACAGGGAGUUCUGGCUGAAAAGAAACUAGUUGAGGAGAGUAAAGAAAAUGAACUCAACUCAGCCUUUCAAUUUCUUUUUGCUUCUGUUUGUCAUUGUGCUUUUUCUCCCUGGCUGUUGGACACCAUGCAGCCUAAGCCGAACAGAAGGCCUCUGUCACAAGCGGACCACUGGUGGGUGUCCUGUCCCAAUAAAGAGAGCUGUGUUUGUGACUGGAGUGCGAGCCCCAGCGUCAAACCCCUUUCAUCAGAAAAUAUUAUGGCAGAGCUACAUAUCUUUCAGACUUUUUUGCCCUUAUUCUCACUCAUGUAACUCAGGGUCCCUGUGACGCUGCCCGAGGGCAACCAUCUCCCACUUUAUUGCAGAACCACAAAGCCUAAACCGAAAUUCUGCUCUGUUAGUCUAGUGGAUGCCACGCGGAGCAAAGCUCAGUCAGGGGGAUGCUUUAAAGUGAUGCAUUGGGCUCACUACAAAGAAGCUUGUUAUCACAGGAAGCCGGGGAGGUGAAGAGUAGCUCGUGCCACAUUCUUGGUUGUCCUUUUCUCUCUCUUUCCAUUGAACGCAUUGUUUUCUUUUUAAACUGAUUCCCAUCAGCACAAACUAGCUGCAUUCCUUCUACUUUUUUGGGGGCUUUUUGACUUGACUCAAGAGCGGUUGAAAACCACUUCCUUCCGGUUUGUCUCACUUUUACAUCCGAGCAUCUGCAGUGCUGCAACUGAGCAGUUAAAAACUGAUCCUCAUUACUCAACAGACCCCAUCACUACACAUGAGGAGAGCUUGAUGGUUAAAACUCAAAUCUGCUGGCAUGUAAAAGUAAGAAGACGCUACUAGUAUCUGUAGUUGUUUUAGUAGAAAAAAGCUCCCUCUCUUUUUCUGUGUUCGUUUGAAGGGCGGAUGAAACAGAAGCCUCAGCCAGAGAUAGAUGCAAGAGCAUUAAGGAGAAGAUUGCUGGUUUUAUGUAAGUUGCACAGUCAUUGCAGCUCGUCUCUACCUCUUGCAUCAUCAGAUCCAUGAGACUUGAGCUGACUUGCGCAGAUUGAUUUCUGUGCCUUAACUGAAACUGACAGAUGUGCCAAAUUAUAAUAUUUGAGGCCAAAAAAAAAAUCAUUUUGUGAAACUCAGUUUUGGGAGAGCCUGUUGAACAUGUUAGUCCUUGUCUUUUCUGUAUGAUCUUAAUUUAGACUUUCACAAUGAAAAGAUUUGAAAAUGGAUGGCCAUUUAAGGGCAAUAAUUUUGCAGGACAAAGGAGGUACAGGAUGAGUUUGCAUAACUGGAUAUUUUUAUCAGUUACACACUACACAAUGUAAUUAUGCCUUUCUUGUUUUGUUUGAAUGAGUCGCUAUGUUUUCUUUAUUCUUAAUAAGCCUUACUGUUGUCUGUGCUUUGUAUCUUUGAUCUUUUUCCUAUAUUACCCAAAUUAACCUAUAUUUUUCAAUAAAAGAGAACCACACGCAACUUUGCUGUUGUAUAUUUUGUUAUUGUUAGGGUAAUAUGCCUUGCUAAUGUAUUUGAACUCCUUGGACUUUUUCACAUGGUGUCGACUUACAGCUUCAGUCUACAAUGUAUUUUGUGGAAAUUUCAUGUGAAAAAGUCCUAUGUAAUUGGGAUGUGGAUUAAAAAUCUGAAAACUACGUUAUGCUUGUCUCCUAGGCUCCUCAAAGUCUAUACUUUCUUCAAUCCCCUUUUGAUGCAGUUACUACUCUGGGUUGUGUGGGGUAUGUCUACACCACCUUUGCACUUUUGGGGACCUAAAUUAUUGGUCAUUCCUUUUUUGCGUAAUACCUAACGCUCAGUCAGAUUGAAGGAUGAGCUGUGAAUAUUUUUUGCUCAAUUAGGUUUAGACUUUGAUUAGGCCACUUCUGACCAGAGCUAUGGUAAUUUAGCCAAGUCUAAUAAAAAUGAGAUGAAUGGAAAUUAGGGCACACCAAUGUCAUCCAGACCUCAACGAUUCUUAAACUGAGGGGGGUGCUGCACAAAAUCUGAGUAGAGGCCAGAAAUGGCCCCUCAACCUGCACUUUGGACACCUCUGAAACUAGAUAAAGCAGUUCAAGGGGAAUAAAUACUUUUCCAGGACACUGUAGGACAUCAUAAAUGUGCUGUGCUACUAAGUUGGAGCUUAACACAUAAAUUCUUUGAGUGCCUCCUCCGUUUCCUGUCUCUAUUCUUUGGCUCUCCCAGAAGAGGAAGGAAGGAAGCAAUAGAGGCCUUAGUGGGCUAUAUUUUUUAAGUGUACAAUCUUAAAAUGAUGUGAUGAUUCAAGAUAAAGUGUGUGUGUGGAAAAAUAGGUUGCGUUUAAAAUGUGAGCAGGGUGAAAGAUCAAUUAUUUACCGGCAAAAAAAAGCUUAAUUGACGGACAUGCAUAACAGGAUAAUGCCUCUCACACAACUGAUUGGAAGAUGGAUCACCAUGACGUUCAGCUCUCGCCAGCAUCCAGCUCAUCAUCAUGGACUCCAAACAGUUUUGUCACUUUUGAUUUUCUUGACCAUCCUUCGCUUUUUUCACGGACAGGCGAGCCUCUGGCAGCUCGGCUGAAGUUCAGUGCCGUUCAGUUAACUGUUUUGUUAACAGCUCAAGUGCUGCUCCCUGAAACACUGCUUUAUUAUUUUGUGAAUUGGUGAUUCAUUCUCUCAUCCUCAACUGUGGUAUUUUAGUCUCUUUUAACUCUGUUUGUCAUAGUCCCAAUAUUUCACAGUCUAACCUGCCAGAGGGCUGGAAAAAAGUCAUUAUUCUUACACUUGUGGUGAAACAAGCAAUUUAAAUUGAUUGGUUAUGGUCAAUACAAACCGGUGGAGGUAUUGAUCUGACUGUAUGUGAUUUUUCUAUAGAAGACUGAUUAAAGAAAAAUUGUGAUAAGA